AUGUCUCACAGCGGAACUCAGGGUAGUAUUGGAAGCCAUUCUGCUUCUGGUAUUCGCAGUAACAGGAUUAUCAUUUAUGAGCAUGAAAACUUCCAAGGGCGUUGGGUGGACAUUAACACAGAGUGCAGAAACAUCUGCGAUCGGGGAUUUGAUCGAGUGGGAUCCAUUCGUGUUGAAUGUGGACCAUGGGUGGGUUAUGAACAACAAAAUUUCUGUGGUGAGAUGUUCAUGUUGGAAAAAGGAGAAUAUCCUCGCUGGGACUCCUGGUCCAAUAGCUAUCGCACUGACUGUAUGAUGUCCUUCAGACCUGCUAAGAUGGAUGGCCAGGAUCACAAAAUUUGUCUUCAUGAAUGUGCCAACUUUGAUGGAAGAAAAAUGGAGAUCUGUGAUGAGGACAUUCCCAGCUUAUGGGCCUAUGGUUUCCAAGACCGAGUUGCCAGCAUUAAAGUCAUUGGUGGAACAUGGGUUGGCUACGAGUAUCCGGGCUACAGGGGUUAUCAGUAUGUGCUUGAAUGUGGACCCUACAAGCAUUGGAACGAAUGGGGUGCCAAACAGCCUUUGAUUCAGUCCAUGCGUCGUGUGAAGGAUCAGCAAUGGUACAAAAGGGGCUGCUUUGAGUUUGCUCAUUAA